AUGGUGGCAUCGACGGUUUUUGAUGGAUGUCGUAGUUAUCUAGUAGAUUUCGGGAGAUUUACUAUUGAGCAUUGUAUUAGAGAGUCAAAUUAUGUAGCUCAUGAGUUGGCUAGAUGGGAACGUGCUAAUAAUCCAUCUCGUUGGAUUGAUGCCCCACCUGAUUUCAUUGUGAGUUUGCUGGCAGACGAUAUAUCCGUCCUUUGA